AUGGACAUGGAAAAAAAUGUUCCUUUUACGAGUGAUAUUUUGGAUGAUGUAAAAUCACAGCAAGACUCAAUUUGCAACCGUUUAGCUAACUGCAGGGAUAUUAAUCAAGAAAAUAAUAUCAACUGCAGCUCUGAUAAACACUGUGCAGUUUGGACCACUGAUGCUACAUUCACUCUUUUAAAAUUGUAUGAAGAUAAAUUAGAAAUGUUGGAAACACCAAAAAGGAAAAAAAGAAUUUGGUUAGCAAUUUCAGAAUGUUUAAAACACUAUAAUAUACAGAUGACUCCAGAUCAAAUUAGAUGGAAAGUUAAUGCACUUACUAAAAAAUACAAACAGUGCAUAGAUGGGGGGCAACAUGAGAAAUUUAAAUAUUUUAAAGAAAUGGAUAAAAUUUACUCUCAGUUUAAUGUUGACGGAGAUGCUAACAUUAUUGCUGAAUUACUCCAAAAAAAGACAGCUUGUGAUAAUAGAAUAAAUUUAGCAUACAAUCAUAAAAUGUCUUCUCAACCAUUUCAAGAAAAUAAAGCUAUGAUUCAGCUCCGAAAGUUAAGAUUGGCUAAUAGAAUAGAAUCUGACAGAUCUCUGACUAAAGAUGGGGUUUUGGAUUUAAAAAUAGCUACAGAUUUAUUAGCUGUACGGCAAAAAAGAAGAAUUUAUGAUAUUACAAAUGUAUUGGAAGGAAUUGGUUUGAUAGAAAAACGGAGUAAGAAUAGUAUACAGUGGAAGGGUGCUGGUCCAGAAGGAAAUACUACAGACAUAGGAGAAAGAGUAACUUCAUUGAGACAACAGAUUGGACGCCUUGAAGAACAUGAAAUAUUACUUGAUAAGCAACUUCAUUAUAUUGAACAAAGUAUAAAAAAUGUAUUAGAUGAUGCAGAUAAUGGCACAUUGUCCUAUGUUACUGAAAAUGAUAUCAAAAAAUGUUUUAAGGACAGCCAAGUAUUAGUUUUGGAAGUUCCACUUGGUGGAAAUUUAGCAGUUGGCUCUCCAUCAAGUAAGGAUAAAGACCACUGCUAUAGUUUGCAUGUCAAAUCUACAGAACAAGUGGGCGUCAUCCUUUUAUGUGAUAUGGAAAAUGAUAAGAUAAGAAUGGAAGAAACUAUUGAUGACAAUGAGGUUCAAAGUUAUACACAUGAUGGUAGUAAUAUAUAUCAAAAUACCAAUUAUCUUUUAAGACUGAGCCCACCAGUAACCAAACACGAUUUCGCAUUUUCAUUAAGAGGUUCUGAAGGUUUAUGUGAUCUAUUUGAUAUACCUUGU